GCGCAGACGGGAGCAGGCUCCUUGGUGCUGUGGCGGUGUGGUUGACUAGGGUGCUACUUGGAGUCGUGUGGCCCUUGAAAACCCCGCGUAUCCACCACUGCCUCCUCUGGUCCUCGCCAUGUUCCUCACUCGGUCCGAGUACGACAGGGGUGUGAAUACUUUUUCUCCGGAAGGAAGAUUGUUUCAAGUGGAAUAUGCCAUUGAGGCUAUCAAGCUUGGUUCUACGGCCAUUGGCAUCCAGACAUCAGAGGGUGUGUGUCUAGCUGUGGAGAAGAGAAUUACCUCCCCACUAAUGGAGCCUAGCAGCAUCGAGAAAAUUGUAGAGAUUGAUGCUCAUAUAGGUUGUGCCAUGAGUGGGCUAAUUGCUGAUGCUAAAACUUUAAUUGAUAAAGCCAGAGUGGAGACACAGAACCAUUGGUUCACCUAUAAUGAGACAAUGACGGUGGAAAGUGUCACUCAGGCUGUGUCCAAUCUGGCUUUGCAGUUUGGAGAAGAAGAUGCAGAUCCAGGUGCCAUGUCUCGUCCCUUUGGAGUAGCAUUGUUGUUUGGAGGAGUUGAUGAGAAAGGACCUCAGCUGUUCCAUAUGGACCCAUCUGGGACCUUUGUACAGUGUGAUGCUCGAGCAAUUGGCUCUGCUUCAGAGGGUGCCCAGAGCUCCUUGCAAGAAGUUUACCACAAGUCUAUGACACUGAAAGAAGCCAUUAAGUCCUCGCUCAUCAUUCUCAAACAAGUAAUGGAGGAGAAGCUGAACGCCACGAACAUAGAGCUAGCCACGGUGCAGCCUGGUCAGAAUUUCCACAUGUUCACAAAGGAAGAACUGGAGGAGGUGAUCAAGGACAUUUAAGGAGGAGCUAUCCUCAGACAUCUGUGGGACAAUUUCAGUUCUCUUGAUUGCCCUUAAACUUUAUUUCCAGCUCUUAUGUCAUGGAAAAUAUCCAGUAUAUGUGUGUUUUUUUAUGAUGUCUGUACAUUACAGCAAUUCUGAAAUAAAAGAAUUUUAAAAUAUUUGUUCAUUGUCUGUGCUCUUAUAAUUUUAAAUGCUUAUGUUGGUAGGCAAAAAGGAUAGUGAUUAACCCCUAUUCUGUGAGCAUGUCUGUUCUAAAAUAAUUGUAGUGGUUCUUUGCAACACUCGGCUCUUGCCUUUUGGUGCUAGAGAUGAAUUCAGACUAGUCCAGCACCUCCUAGUGGUUAGUAGGUGUUAAUACCACUGUAAAUCCAUUUUAGUCCGAGUCUCUUUUAAGGAAACACUUCUGUUGUUUCCUUUAUAUAAAGACACUGCUCAUUGACCAUCAAAAGACUGUCCUGGGGGCCACCGCAAAAUAUUGAUGAGUUGGGAUAAGUCAUCCCUAAGGCUAUCCCUCUUUGUAUAUCUUGAUGGACCGUGUGGGAAGGGUACCCUUUUAUGAAGUUAAGGACUAUGAAAAAACAAAGGAAUGGCCUUCACCUCAGUAGAAAUGAGAGUUCUAUACUAAGCUGUAUAAAAGAACCGUAAAAAAUUAAGUAGUUUCUGCUGGACUUUGGAAUGCACUAUGAACUCCUCUAAGGAGCUGCUCUCCUAUGAUUGGUUAAGAUUAACAGGCAUUCCAUUCAAGCUUCAGAAAUGGCCAUAGGAACACUGCUGACAGAUGAAGAGCCUAAGGCUAUGUCAGUGGACAUAGGAGAUGAACUGUUGGAGGACUGGAGAGUUGCUUAGUGGUUAGCAUCUCUAACUGCUCUCCCAGAGGACCCACACGGCAGCUUACAAUCAUCUAUAACUCCAGUUCCAGGGACUCCAGUACCGUUUUCUGGCUUCCUCAGACACCAGGCAUACAUGUGGUGCACAGAUAUGCAGACAAAGCAUCCAUACACAUUUUUAAAAUUGUGAGUUCAAGGCCAGCCUGGUGUACAGAGUGAGUUCCAGGACAGGCCUGCACAGAAACCCUGUCUCGAAAACAAAAAUAAUGUAAAAUUGUUUUAAAGAAACAAUAAAAAACAAUCUAUUGGGACUUGAUCUAAGAUUUUUAAGGUUUCAAAUCACUAGGUCUUGAGUAUCAGUUUGAGAUGUGCUUGCACUGUCUGACAUGACAACUUGAGGGUUGUAAAGAAUCGAUUACCGUUUAUUGAUAGCUUAAGAAUUAUUUGCUGGGACUUUGUGUACUGCUUCAUUAGAACUAUUUGAUGUUAAAUAGUAACUAUUUGGGUAGCUGAAUUCAUGCAAAAUCCAUAGUGUAGUGCAAAGUAGCUUGUGCUGAUGUACAUUGAAAACUGCAGUUCACAGAAGGAGGAAGUUGUGCCACACACAAUACACACAAUGAAAGUAGAGAGCGUAGGCUUAUUAUCAACUUCCACAGAUAUCUAUUGAUGUUAAUCCUGUUAUAAAGUAUGAUGUGAGAUUCGGUUAGCCCCUGGCCACUGUUGUAUUAAGUUGUAGUACUUCUACAUUAAAAAUCCUGUA